AUGUCAUCGUUCCUCUCGCUAAGCAUAUCCGUCCUCGCCGUGAUCGCAGCCUACCAACUCCGCACAAGCAGUCAAGCCCUCCACACAAGCGACCAAGCCCUACAAGCAUGCAGCCAUGGCUUGCACGCAUGCGAAGGCGACCUGCAAAAUGUUACACAACAGUAUACCGUACUAAAAGACAAUCACCCUAUGAAGGGAGUGCCUGUUUUAAGGGCUGAGCUGAGCAAAUGUCAGAUGGAGAAGAGUAUGCUGGGGUGGUUUGAUGAUGCUUGGCGGGUGCAUGUUGGAGAGCACGGGGAAGACGAUGGAGAUGAGUGGAGAAGGGGGAUGAUAGAUACGAUGAUUGCGCAGAUGAAGGAUUCGAUUUUGUCUGUUGAGAAGAAGAGAAAAGACGAGAAGAGGGAGCAGGCAGAGAGCCACGAGGAGAAGUAG